AUGGUAGCUCCUAAAUUAUUGGUCACAGAGGGUCUUUGCUAUAACCUAAAAACUGAGCUCAUGGCUAACUCUCAGUCUAAUGACUGGUCUCCUACAGCGCAGCCUCUCCACUGGGUGUAUGACCUCCAGAAGCUGCAGGGGAUUUUGGCUCAGCACCCGAGCCCUGAAUUCAUCUCUGAGUCGGCCAACCCUUUCUACAGGAGGCAGACGGGUCAGCAGAGCUGCUACGGUGACCAGGCCUUUGUUCUGCUGGAGUCCCUGUCUGAAUGUGGCGGUCUAAAUGUUGACGACUUGACGCAGCGCACACUGAAAUUCUUUGGCCCUGGAUCCGACUAUGACACGCCUCUCAACAAUCCUUACAGAGAGAAGGGUGGGCCGACACCUCAGCUGCCCAUCGAGGGACCAUGGAGACAUGCUAGUUUGAAAAGUUUCCUGAGGAAUGUGGAUUCAGGCAAAGAGGAGACCGGCUGUGAGAACGACUGUCAGAUUGAUGGGAUAACCAAACUGGCUCCUAUAGUUGCUUUUUAUGCAGGGAAGCCCGACAUGCUGGACAAAGUUGAGCAGGCAGUCCGUGUCACCCAGAACAAUGAUGCAUGUGUGGCAGAGACUCUAGCAGCUGCAAGGUCCGUAUGGUUUCCAUUUAUACAUCAGUUUGCUCAAAAUGGCAACAAUCUUGUUCUUUUUUUAAUCUGGGUUCUGAGACAAAUAUAAAAUAUAUAUAUAUAU